UGAUCGCAGUCCGCUGCCAGCCCACGGCCUUUGCCGCCCUAAGAACCAUCCCAUUCUCCACCUGCGAACCUCUGCCCACCUCCUCCGCAUCCUGAUCAUACAACCUCGCACCCCCCCAUCUCCCAACCCCAUCGUCGGUCCCUACACUUCCACCUCCUCCUCCCCGCCGGACUCUCCGGUGUCACCUCCAUCCAUCGCUUUUCCGAAGAAGACAGCAAGCUUUUGUGGCGUCGCUGAGAAUUCGUCGCUGACCAAACCAAGCGCUAUCUCGUCGGGUUUUCCAACUUUAACCUCGUUCCUCACGCUCCCGCCACACCGAUUCUCCAUCAUUCCCACGCGGUUCGCACCACCAUUGACAUAUACAUCUUGCCGUCACAGCAGUCGACAUUAUUCGUCGUCACCUCUCCGCGCCGUCCUUUCAUCCAAGCCAGCUCAUGUGCCGUGCACGCUGCGUUUGGCCACCACCAGUUUCACAACCUACGAUAAGAAUCCUCAGACUCAGCCCUAAUCGAAAUUCUGCAGCAUCCGGAUCUGCGUCUGGCUCUGUUGCUGCUUUCUGAGCCGUCUGUUGCAUGAGCGACUGAAACGCUCGUCUGCGAAGAAUGGCUACCGCAUCCUCAACGAUUGCCUCCCUUACCUCGACCUCGCCCUCGCCGCCACCAGCCUCCAGUUCAGCCGGCUCAAAUACCAAUACCAAUGGCGGCGGCUCCGCUAGCUCGCCACUUCUCUUCUUCGUGGCUCUGGGCUUCGGUGUUGUCUUUACAAACCUCUGGAUCAUUGUCGGUGUCAAGUAUUGCUUCCGGUACAACCAGCGCAACAGGGCUCUGCGAAAUGGCCAGGGAGUCGACGGCGAUCCAAUCGACCUUGGUGCUAUGCCACGACCGCACAGGAGAAGAAGGGAAAAGAAAUUGAUGACCGUCGAGGAGGUCAACACGCGAUUUCCCUUGAUGAAGUACAAAACGUGGCGAGCGUCCCGUGAGCAAAAAGGCCUACCUGCUGCAGGAGGAAUCACAACCCCACCAAGUCGAGCCGGCAGCGUGAAAGACGUUGACGGCGCAAUUGGCGAGGCGAAACUACGCAGUUCUACUGACGAUAGGCCUGGCUCAUCGUUGUCGCAAACUGCUCGCACGACACCGUCAGUCGAGACACCCAAGCAAUCGACGAUACCGGAAAACGAGCCUGUCGCAGAAAAGCCUACCGCCGUCACCACGGAGGACGUUGCAGCUGACAAAUCCAAAUCAUCGUCUGGAGCAUCGACGCAGCCCGAUUCAGCCGUCGAAAGGCAUGGCGAAGAACACAGUGAUGAUGACGAGGAAGUCCCCAUCGCUGAGGCAGUCAACCCUGACGUUGCCGCCGCUGCACCUGGCGACACUUGUGCCAUCUGUCUCGAUACACUUGAAGAUGAUGAUGAUGUCAGAGGGCUGACUUGCGGCCAUGCCUAUCACAUUGCCUGCAUCGAUCCCUGGCUCACCACCCGUCGAGCUUCUUGCCCGCUUUGCAAGGCCGAUUACUACGUGCCGAAACCGAAGCCAGAAGGCGAGAAUGACAAUGGUGUUGCACAAACUAGACGUCACCCUCGUAUGAAUCUUCCUCAGUCUCCUACUGCCGCAUGGUUUGGUGGUAUUCCACGUGGACGUGUGCCGUUCUUUGGAGUAGAGCAACCUAGUGCUCCGUUCAUGUAUGGUCACACCGCUCAAUCUCAUCAGCCGGACACCGUAGUUACCUCAUCAGAUGCGACGUCUCAGCCAGUCUGGUUAGCAAGACUCCCUUUCAGAGGCAACCGGCAGCAAAAUACGGGUGCAGCUGAAAACACAUCACGCAGUAACACCUCGCGGGUGCUCAAUCCUCUCAGACGAAUCUUGCCCAACAAUAGCAAUUCAGGUCCAACACCAGCCCAGCUCGAGGCCGCCGACGGCAGAUGAAGAUGGCUUCACCACAUAACACACCUAAGUCUUUAAAUCUGAUUUAUCAACGACCUGCACACAUUUAUGGGCAUUGCCUGGAUUCUUUCCUUUUGCCAACACGAUACCCCCUUAUUAGGUUGCUGAUUGGUGAUUGAGACGGGAUGCCUUGGUGCGAACAGACGGGGAGCGGAAAACAGCAGUAUUUUCUUUUUAUUCAAAACGGUCCCGUGACGCAGCAUCCGUUUGACGACGACAUAAAUACCUUCACACAAUCCCACACACACACACACACACACACACAGACCCUGCACAGCUACCACGUUUCGAUGUGCGAAACUCCCUGACACGAUAGCGAGAUCACGUUUACAACGACGGUUACUUCCCGAGUCGCUUCCCUUGCACUCCCGCAUUCAAGAUUCUCGGCCGGCUAAUGAUAUUUGCCGCGUGUGGCUCUCAUAGUGGGAGAUCCAGGCUUGCGCGCAUCGUGCUUGCGCGUUGGAAAGGGAGGAAACACUUGGUCGGCUACUUCCUCGAUCCCUGUGAAGAGAUCAUCCACACCUGUAUAACCUUGUAUACUACGAAACUGUACCCCUCAUUGCUGCCUCUGCUGUACAUCGGGGUGGAGAGUGCGAGAAGGAAGCAUACUGGACUCGUCAAUGCUGAUUUGCAUACAUCUAGCACAAUUUGUUUUCCCUGCUUUGCUGCUUCUGUGUAGGAUGAUCACAGAGGUGGUGUUGAUACGACGAGAAGAUUAUCUAUCUCUCUAAGAGUAUGAGAAGACGAAUGGAUUUGAAUUUCUCGUUGAAAACUGCUACAAAAUUUCGCAUUACUGGCUCUUCGGGCCAUUUUUUUUUUCCUUCUCGGGCGUUGGAUCAGCUUUUCUCGCUGAUGCGUCCACAAACACGGACGCUAUCCCGGACGAAUGAAAGUUUCGGACAUUUUGCCUUUCGCAACGAACAAGAUUGAUAGGUAAAGAUAGGUGCAUGAUUUAUGAAUUAGAUCUUCUGAGGAUUGGCGCGUUGCACGCGUCUCAAUCAGC